GUGUUUCUUGAUUUGGUUUUGCUAUCUGUUUAGGAGUAGGACUGUGUGAUGGAAUGAGUACUCUGUUUCAUUCGUUUGUGUGUUUUGUUUUUGUUCAGAGGUGGGUGUUGUUGUUGUUGUAUCACGACGAAAAGAAGUAUGCGAUUGGUUAUUAUGUAGAGGAUGGGUGCAUACCGAGGUAGGUUCUUACCUGGCUGGUAGUCCCUGCCUAGAAUGGACCCGGUUUUUUUUGUUUGUUUGUUGUAUUGGUUAUUUUCUAGGGGACGGCAAUGGCGGCAUCUCUGGAAGCAGUCAGGCAGAGAGGCACUGAGAGCGAGAGAUACGAGCUGGAACUCGGCUUCCUCGACGUCGCAACAACGGCCUCCCAGUCGCAUACGCCUAGAUCACCGCUAUCACCGCCCGAGGUUGCGUGCACUCCACCCAGCGACGACCUCCCGUUUACUGCUCGAUGGUCCCUGACGAACCGUAUCUUUAAUCGAGGCUGGAACAAUCCUGCGAAUACCCUUCCACGACAAUCUCCUGCAAGACUCUGGAACCCGGUCAACUUCUCGCCUCGCGGUCCUCCUCCGCUGCCGAACCUUCCCAUCUCCUAUCCGCAGAUCGCUGCAAGUUUACCUUCUCGAGCAGAGCCUGGCGACGUUUCCCCCCUGCUAACUUUUCCGGAGCAAAAGAACAAUCGUCUGAGCCUCACACAUCCCUCGAGUCUGAACGUCGAGUCGUCCUCGGCAGGUCUAGAAAGCUUGACUGGGAGAACCAGCAUUGGCCUUCCGCGAAAUAGUCACAGCGCAUACCGUUCACCGCUAAUAGACGAGCAAAAAGUUCAGAUGGAGCAACUAGCUGCUGCCGCGGGUAUCAAGGGUGCUUCGACCCCCGAGCCACCUACAAAUGCGCGCCAUGGGUCAGAUCUGGAAACAGGCGAGCCGAGGUCGCUGAAUCGCAUGUCCAUAAAGGCCAGUCUGCCGCUCGAGAGGAGAAACUCGUUCACAUCGGCUCUGGGCCCUUUGGACGGAACUCAGGAGGGUGAGGAGGCCAAUCAGGCAGACGAUGACGAAGAAUACGCAUGGGGUCCUUCGCAUCCGUGCUUCCCACACACGAAUCCACACGUACCUCUGGAUUCGCCGCUACAUGCCUCGACGCGAAUCAUACGAGUCAAACGAGACUGGAUGGUAGCGGGCGACUUGGCACCGACGUUUGCUAAUCUGUAUCCUGAAGUGCUAGACCCGUUGGUGCCGGAGGCGACAUUCCGGAACGUGGUCAAGAACAUCAACAAAGAGCUCCUGGCAGCUUUCGAUCCACUGAGUGGGCGUGCGUGGAUAGACAGCAUUCUGGGCGUUGCAACACUGUGGCUCUGGGACGACCUAGGGUUUUCCGGGGUCAAGUCAAAAUUGAGGAAGUUGGAGCAGUGGAUUGAGGAUUGGAACCACAAGGUUGGCGAGCCAGAGGGCGUGCGGAUCAUUGAAUUGCGCAGAACGGGUUAUCUCACCCUCGACUUUCAGAUCCCAGACCCGCAAAUCGGCAUCGAUGCACAGAACAGCUCGAGUCGAGCCGAUCUCCCUUAUCCACCUCCGCCGGCCAGUAUCCCUGCUUCAGGCCAUGGCUCCGGGCCUGAUUACAGCCCGUACCAAAAUCUCUCAGCCCAUCAAUUCUCGCAAAUGCCACAAACCGCGGUGGCGUGAUUAACUACCAGUAAUGAGGGGGAGCGAGAAGUCUAUAAUGGUCAUCAUUACCAAGACAUCGGCUUCUGAGCCGAUUAUUAUUAGGAGGCGUUCGACAGGGUUCAUAUCCGCUGUACAAGGUAUAUCUCAUGCUAUGUUGCUAUGUGUUCUUUCUCUCUCUCUUUUGCAUAGCGUGUGCGUGCUGUUUUUGAUUUCUUCUUGUAAAUCAACAGCGCAAUCGUGGGUUUGUCAAUCGUUUAUUGUUGCUUCUAUACCCUUGUUGUAUUGUUCGCCGGAUUUUAAAAUGGGCAUCAUAAUGGUGAUGGUCGCUGCAAAGCAGACUCGAUUGGUUGCCCACUGAGGUGUGGGUAGGGGGAAUAUACGGACGAGCAGUUCUACGUAGAUCUAUCACUCGCUGAGCUCGCGCUCUAUAUGUCUUAUAGUUCUAAUAAAUCUUGCUAAAAGCUAU